AUGCACACGAAGGCGGAUGACCAGUACGUGCUAUAUGGAGGUCCGGACCCGAUUGACCUGGACCGUUUCGGCUCGCUGGGCGAGGUCAUCGUGGAAGAGCUAAGGCUGCGACCGGCGAACAUUGGACUGAUCGAACCCGUUACCGAGGAGGAGCUCAGCUAUGGGCAGAUCCUAGAGCAUUCAGUCCGGUUGGCGCGCGGAUUGGCCAAACUAGGCGUGGGGCAGACGGACAACGUGGCCAUCUUCAGCCAGAACAGCCUCGAGUACUGCAUCGCGAUGUUUGGAAGUAUUUUCGUCGGAUCACCGUUGGCACUGCUCAAUCCGGCCUAUGUCGAGGGGGAACUGAAGCACGCGAUAGCGCUUGCAAAGCCAAAAGUCAUCUUCAUAUCGCCGGACGUACUGGAGAAGCUGAUGGGAGCGUUGCGGGCGAUGCGGCUAUCGGUGAAGGUGGUGCUUUGUGGCGAGCAUCCGGCGGCCCGAACCUACCCGGAGGUGAUCCCAUAUGCUACUCUACUAGCCAGUCCGCUCGAGGUUGAAGCCAGCUAUCGUCCGGAUCCGGUCGACAAGGCAAACCACGUGGCACUAAUAGUCCUAUCUUCAGGCACGACCGGACUACCCAAGGGUGUAGAGUUGACACAUCAGAGCAUCAUCGCGACGAUCGGACACUCCAAGGAGUCGGCCAAGAUGCUGGAUCUGCCAGACCAACUGGUAGCUCUCGCCGUGACUCCCCUGUUCCACGUGGUUGCCGGUGUCGGUCUGCUCAACAUGGUCACCAAUAACUGUCGGUGUGUGGUGAUGCCCCGGUUCGAUCCGGUCCUGUUCCUUCGCUGCAUCGAGCACUACCGGGUGAACCUGAUGACGCUCGUACCGCCACUGAUGGUCUUCCUGGCGAAGCACCCGAUGGUGGAUGACUAUGACACCAGCUCGCUUAUGACACUGUUCUGCGGUGCGGCUCCCCUGAGUCGCGAAAUCGAGGAUCAGGUCCGGGAGCGGCUCGGUGUGGCCUUCAUCCGGCAGGGGUACGGUAUGAGCGAGACGACGCUCGGUGUGCUGAUGCAGGAUGGGUUCGAGAACAAGGCGGGAAGUGUCGGUAGGGUGCGCAUGGGUCAGUGGGUGAAGGUGAUCGAUCCGGAGACGGGACGGGCACUCGGACCGAAUCAGCGCGGUGAGCUGUGCCUCAAGGGAUCGCUCAUCAUGAAGGGCUACGUUGGUCGGGAGCGUGCGAUCGAUGAGGACGGUUGGCUGCACACUGGUGACAUCGCGUACUACGACGACGAUCAGGAGUUCUUCAUCGUUGACCGCAUCAAAGAGCUGAUCAAGUACAAGGGAUUCCAGGUGCCGCCGGCCGAGCUGGAAGCGAUUUUGCUUGAGCAUCCACGCAUCAGCGAUGCGGCCGUCAUCGGAGUGCCGGACGAGCGUGCCGGAGAGCUGCCGCUCGCGUUCGUGGUGAAGGAACACGGCGAACAGCUCACCGAGCGGGAGGUUAUCGACUUUGUAGCCAGCAAGGUGUCCGAACAGAAGCGCCUGUACGGAGGCGUGCGGUUCGUGAGCGAAAUACCAAAGACUGCCAGUGGGAAGAUACUGCGACGGGAACUACGGGACUUGGUCAAAAACACCAAAGCUAAGCUGUAAAUGAACGCUCAAGGAGUUGAAUUGUAGGCGAAGAUAACGGUUCUAGUCGGUUUAAGAUGGUGGCUCUUCAUUAAGGUGGAAGGAAUAAAAUGGAUCAGAAUGACGAGACUUAAAUUAAUGCUACGAAUUUCUAGUAGUCAUCGGGUACAGUUUUUCUCAGACGUGUUUGCGGUUUUGAUUUUCUAAA